UUUGUUUAAACACUGUAUCUCAUGACUGUAACUAUCAUUAUUUCAGUUAAUGGUGAAAUCUUUGUUUAUAAGACAUUGAAGUAAAAGGACGUAACUAUGCAAAACCAGAUUCAACUACAAAGAGGUAGGGGUGGCUAUCAGCGACAACAAGAUAUUGACACCAUUCAACCCAAGCGUCCUGGUGGUCGAGUUGAACAGUUCAAUGGGAAAGCAGCAAUAAUCAUAGGAUUCAUAAUGAUUGGGUUUGGGAUCGUAUCUAUCAAUCUCGGGGGUACAGCUAUUGCAUUGAGAUCAUCAAUGUUUCGAAUUGGUACGGGGAUUUGGUGUGGGCUUUUGUUCUUUAUACUGACUGGGUCAAUCGGUAUUGCUGCAGGAAGAUCAAAAUCAAAAUGUCUGAUCGUCAUAUUCAUGGUGUUGUCCAUAUUGAUGGCAUCUGUUGCCUGUGUUACCCUACUAGUCAUCUCUUCACUAGGAAUGGCACAAGAUGUUCCCUGGCUGAACUAUGAAUAUCAAUGCUAUGAUAAUAUCAAAUAUAAUUACUACCAUUGCGAAAACCGGGAAUUCCGAGUUGCUAUCAAUGCACUACUGGUGGCUACAUCUAUAAUCCAGGCAGUACUGAGUAUCAUAUCCUCUGCUUACUGCUGUAAGGCCGUCUGUUGUUGCAGCAAAGCAAAUGUACCAACAGCACAAGAGACCCAAAAUAUUUGCCAUAUCCUUACUCAAGGACAACAACAAGGCGUGCCAGCUAUCACCACAAAUGGACAGCAUGUGAUCAUUGUGCCUGGCCAGUCAAUCAAUGCUGCAUCGUUACCACAAAUGCACGUGCCAAACCAACCGGGAGUUUAUACCAUUAACAUUGCACCAGGAUACAAUACAACUAUACAAGAACCACCUACGUACACCCCAACUAUGUCUCAGGCCCAAACUGAGGGUGAAGUAGCUCCGCAAAAUGCAGAGAAAGCACGACAAACUAUGGACUCAUCCAAUCAAAUGGUUGACUGAUCAAUGUCAUGAACUAAAUCAACAAAGAGCUUACAGAACUCUCCAUAGAAUGUUUUCUCAUGUUGAUGCAAAGUUUUCAUUUUCACAAAUCAGACCAAAAUUGAUCAAAAUAUGCCAUAUAUAAUAUAUAUUUUUCUAACCUUCAAGUGGGUGCAAAUGAAUUUUCAGGUGGGUGCAAGCCUGUUUGCAAAAUCUCAG